CCAUCGAUUCAGUUUGAGCUUUCACUCUCGCGCUUCCUUCUUCGAUCAUCUUCUCUGUUUCUUUCUUUUGGUUCGAUGAGAAUCAGUGUUUGAAUGUCAAAGCCAUGGCAAGAAGCAGAGGGGAGAAAGAACAGAGCUUCCACGAUAAGAACACGGGUUUUCUCAAACUCUUGCAAGUUGUCUCCUUUUUGGUCGUUUUUGUUGUGGGUGUGGUCAUAGGAUUGGUAACAAGCGCCCACAUCAAUCGUCAUUUGGGUGCACAAACCGAGACUUAUUCCUUUAUCAACAACUUCUCCUCCUCCUCCAAGGAGACUACACCACCACCACCACCACCACUGGAGCCUAAUUAUUGUCCAGCAGUUGUGCAAAAUUGCGAGAAGGUUGAUUGUUUGAGCAUGGCCACAUUUCUGGAGCCUAAUAAGAACUUGACACAUGGUAUGUCGGAUAAUGAGCUGUUUUGGAGAGCUUCAUUGGUUCCGGGUACGAAAGAGUAUCCGUAUGAGAGAGUGCCCAAAGUGGCUUUCUUGUUUAUGACUAGAGGGCCGUUGCCUUUGAUGCCCUUGUGGGAGAGGUUCUUUCAGGGACAUGACAAUAAGCUUUUCUCAGUUUAUGUGCAUGUUGUUCCGGGGUAUAGGGUCAAUGCAUCAACCACUUCUCCUUUUUAUCGACGAGAAAUCCCUAGUCAGCCUGUUUCUUGGGGAAGCGUUACACUGGUUGAUGCAGAGAGGCGCCUUCUAGCUAAUGCCUUGCUUGAUUUCUCAAAUGAGCGCUUUAUCCUCCUCUCUGAGAGUUGCAUCCCAGUCUAUAACUUUCCUACAGUGUACAAGUAUCUCACUGGUUCCAAGUAUAGCUUUGUUGAAUCAUACGACGAUGCUGGACGUUUUGGCCGUGGGCGUUACAGCCGUAGAAUGCUUCCUGAUAUUCAGCUGUAUCAGUGGAGGAAAGGGUCUCAGUGGUUUGAACUUAGCCGCACUUUAGCUGCUAUUAUAGUCGCAGACGUACGGUACUACACCGUCUUCAGCAAAUAUUGUUUGCCUGCUUGCUACCCAGAUGAGCAUUACAUGGCAACUUACUUCAAUAUGUUCCAUGGUUCACUGAACUCUAAUCGAACCGUGACUUGGGUAGACUGGUCUGUGGGAGGACCACACCCUGCAAUGUAUGGAGGAGAAAAUGUUACAGAAGAUUUUGUACGGUCUAUUAGGAAUAAUGGAGCACUUUGUCAGUACAAUUCAGAGAUGACAUCCAUUUGUAACCUAUUUGCUCGGAAGUUCGCUCCAACAGCAUUGGAGCCUUUGCUCGAGCUUGCCUCAUCCGUGAUGGAAUUUUGA